AAUACUUGAAAAAGGAGAACUAAAAAAAAAUCAUGAAAAAUUAAUAAGUGCCAAAUGGAAGGCUACAGUGCCUUACAAUUACUUCUGUUAAUAGUGUUAACAGUAUUUUGAAGUUUCAGUUUAUUUGUGAUAUUGUUUUCAAUCAGCGAAUUGAACUACCGAAAUAUCACCAACAAGUUGAGACGCUGCCUCACAUACCAUACCAGAACAAGGAGAAUCUCACUUAACCACAAUGGGUAAGGAUUACUACAAGAUUCUGGGCAUCGAUAGGAAUGCAUCCAGCGAAGACGUCAAGAAGGGAUACCGCCGGAUGGCUCUCCGCUACCAUCCGGACAAGAACGACCAUCCGCAGGCCGAGGAGCAAUUCAGAGAGGUGGUGGCCGCCUUCGAAGUGCUCUCCAACAAGGAAAAGCGCGAGAUAUACGACCAGUACGGCGAGGACGGUCUCAAAUGUGAUGACGAUCCGGCGACCUUCGCCCAGCCCACGUCAGACAUGAUCCCCUUUAUGUGCGCCGUCGGAGGAACCGUGCUCUUUGCGUUCGCUGCCUACAAGACCUUCCAGUUCUUCAACCGGAAAAAAAAGGCUUCCGACAACGAUGGAUCGUCCUCGGAUUAAGCUAACGAUCCAAGGGCUUGGUAAAGCAAUCUCGGGGAUCUUAAUUUAUAGAUACUUGUACAACUUGUACAGUUCUCCUAGUGCUCUGAACGCAGCCUUUUCUUCGGCUGCCAAUG